CCAUCGAUGCUUUGGCAGCCCUAGUCUGUGAGUGUUCGCUGUUCGCUGAAGGCGAAAAAAUAAAGAAAUUAGGAGACAAAGUCGUGUUAAAUAAAAAGUGAAGCGAUUCGCGAGCGGCGACAGGUGAAGCGGUCCCCAAGGAGCAAACAGUUGGCGGCAGCGAGUGAAAAGCACAGUGUGCCCUCGGUAGCAGUGACGGCGGUCUCGAGGAACAGUCAAAUCAGGAUAUUUCCGCUCAAAAAAGCAACAAUUGAACGCACGCAACUCGGCGGAAGGAGCGAGCGAGAGAGGAAGAGAGAGGGAGCACAAACACCAGCACACAUUCACACACACAAACACACUCACACACACGCAGUCACUUACACGGCACAAAGGUUAUCAACAGCAAAAGCAAAAGCAACAACGGCAACAACAACAAACAAAUUACUUUAAAUAUAAAACAUAUAUUAACUAAAAAGCUAAAAAGCAAGAGCAACUAAAACAACAGCAACCGACAAGCAAUCGCCGAACAACGCCUAAAAACUAGUGAUUUUCGAGGGAGAGCCACCUAGAAAGUAAACCCACCUACCUGGCCUACCUGCAUUUUGGGUCUCUUCCCUAGAAUUUAGCACAAAACAACAGAUAUACAAAGGAUACAGCACAGCAGCCAACAUGCGUGAGUACAAAAUCGUGGUCCUCGGAAGCGGUGGCGUGGGCAAAUCCGCGCUGACGGUCCAGUUUGUCCAGUGCAUCUUCGUGGAGAAGUACGAUCCCACCAUCGAGGACAGCUACAGGAAGCAGGUGGAGGUGGACGGACAGCAGUGCAUGCUGGAGAUCCUGGACACGGCGGGCACGGAGCAGUUCACGGCCAUGCGGGAUCUGUACAUGAAGAACGGCCAGGGAUUCGUGCUUGUCUACUCGAUCACGGCGCAAUCGACGUUCAACGAUCUGCAGGACCUGCGGGAGCAGAUACUCCGGGUGAAGGACACGGACGAUGUGCCAAUGGUGCUUGUGGGCAACAAGUGCGACCUCGAGGAGGAGCGCGUCGUCGGCAAGGAGCUGGGCAAGAACCUGGCCACCCAGUUCAACUGCGCCUUCAUGGAGACCUCAGCCAAAGCCAAAGUGAAUGUGAACGAUAUUUUCUACGACCUGGUCCGGCAGAUCAACAAGAAGUCGCCCGAGAAGAAACAGAAGAAGCCGAAAAAGUCCCUAUGUGUUCUGCUAUAAGACUUCCAAAAACCAACAAAACUAAAAACAGAAAAAUAUAACAGAGGAGGAGAAAGGAUGUAGGGGAGAAGCAAAAGUAUAAGCGUAAAGUAAAGAAUUUUCAAUUUUUUUUCGUUCUCGUUUCGUUUUUGGAUCCGAAGGCAAAUGUCGAAAAAUUGAAAUUGAAAUAACCAAUCUACUAUAUACAAGCAAAACUUAAACUGACAAAUGUUUUUAACUGUUUCAAGUUUUUGUAAUUAUUACCAUUUACUACUAUUAUGAUUGUACUAUUUUUCGCUGAUUAACCAUUAAUGCAUAUGGGGAAUUAUUAUAUAUAUAUAUCUACAUAUUUAAAUAUAUUUGUCGUUCGUUUUUGAGCCGUUUUUUAAAUUAUGCAACACGUGAAACAUUCGUAAACUAAAACAUUCGUAUUUAUUGAUUCUUUUCGAUUGUACUCUACACAACUACAACUACUUAUACACGAGAAAACCCAACCAACAAGAAGUAUAUCUUUAAAUAGAACCGAAAAAACCACAUUCAAAACACAAAUCAAAUUAAGCUAAACUAAAUUGUACGCCUAAAAGAUAACAAAUUCCACGAGAGAAAUGAGCAAAUAAAUCGAGAAAGGAAAUGAAUCAUGAAUAAGGAACAUAUUUUAUAAAAAUAUUGUAUGCAAAUGAUGUCAAAAUGUUGCAAACAACCAGAAGUAAUGAGCCCCCUUAGAAAUUAGUUUAAAACAAAUUUACAAGUAAUUGUUUACCACGAUCAAUUGCAUCCAAUCUGAAAACCCCACACACCCAUACACACACACACACACAUACAUACCAGCCACAUCCCACACACACACAUUCGCAGCCACACAUUCACACCACACACCGACACAUUUCCGGCGCGCUCUCAGAGAGCGAAAAGCUACGCGGAAGCGGAAAUGGAGACGCGAGGCUCCUGCGGCCAAGGCUCAUUUCCGCUUCCUGGUAAGAAGAAGAACCAGAAGUGCAGAGAGAGCCACAAAUUCUAGUAUAUUUAAUACUUAAGAAAUGGUUUAACAUAAACUGUCGUGUCAAUCCCAAAAUGAAAAGAAACCUAAAAACGAAGUAAUUUACAAAUAUUUCAUAAUAAACAUUGCAUAAACUUCGCGUACGAGUAGUAACCAAUAUGCCCUUAAAUCAAAGUCUAAACACAGCCAACAACCAACAUUAAAACUAAAUAAAACCUAAGCCCAAGCGUAUAUAUUAAAUAUAUGAUAAAGAUACAAAUCAUUUUUGAACAUAAUAAACAAACAAACCGUUACAAUAACAUAAUGUAAUAAUGAGCGUGUGAAAAAUGUAAUUGAAAAACCAUUUUUUCGAACUUGUUUCGCUACUGGUCGCGUUUUUGGGACCUCACAGCGCUUCCGAUCUCAGAAUCCUGCCUGUCCCGAAUUCGCGACGCAGUAGGUCGACAGGAUCGAGCAUCUUUUAAUUAUUAAUAAAUGUAUUAUGUUUAUAAAAAAUUAAAAAGGAAAUGCAAAAACAAAAUAAAAAUUAAAUAAAUUCA